AGUCUUUUAGUCGAGGUUGAGUCUGAAGAGGUGGGUCUUUAGUUUGCGGCGGAAGAUGUGAAGGUAUACAACAAUUUACCAGCUGAUGGGAUAAAUCCGUACAUAACCAUUCAUAACUGUUAAUCAACGUGAGAAAUGUACACAAAAUUGAUGACUGCGCUGUGCUGAGCCUGAGUAACUGAAGGGAAAGCGAUGACAGGAAUACUCCGCCCUCGGCGACAGCUCAAAACCAACACGAUGCUUGUAGAGUCAUACAACCAAAGUCACGAUUAGCGUCGGCAAUGUCCUUCCAAAAAAAAUGACAUUGCGUCUUCACAGCAAUAGAUCAAAUGCUAUGACAAAAAAGACAUAACUACCUCCAUGUAAACCUGGUAAAGGUCACUGACCUCUGCCGAUGGAUGGGACGGCCUGCACGGGGAGGGCCACCGACCUUAGGUAUAGCCUAACACUGCCUUACAACCCCUCCUGCUUGGUCCAACCCCUCCACUCAUACUAGCAGAGGUUAUAAUUGAUUGUUAUUUGGGUUUUUUUGUGACGUUGAAAGCACAAUUGUUUAUCCCAAAAACCAUUCCAACCCCUCAGGUUAUUAACACAUUUUCUGCUCUCUUUCCAUCCAUGUAUUAUUUCACAUUCAAACUGUGAUUCACCCUUUUCUGUUAUUUUUAGAGCCUUUUCAAAAGCAAAAGCUUAAAAGAUGGAGGAAAUGAACACAGUGCUGCAGUGUUGGCCUGCACAGUAAUUCCUCACCUCCAUGCAAGUGAAUGAACAACAGUCGGAGCCUCGAGAAUUCUGCUGUUUACACAGUGAGAAUGAGCAGAAAUGCAUGAAACAUUUUUAAAUCCCAUGUGAUUUCUGGAAAUGCGGGCUGUCUUGCUCUUGUCUCCAUCCGCUUUACAUACAGGAACGGCUUCAAGGUUUACACUGAGAUUAUUUGAAUUUCAGAGUGUUUGAUAUUUGAUAAUGGUGCCGCGCGUGUUUAUAGACUCUAGACUUCACCGCCCAAGGUUUCCUAUCAUGUUUGUUCAGAUACAUAUCAAUCAGCUGUCUUGGAAUAGCUGCACAUAAACAUUCUGAGUAGCAGGGGAAAUGAAGAAACAAAUGUUUGUGAAACAAAUGCAUUAAUUUGCCAUGUUGGAACAGUUGUUGUCUCAAUACCUCUUAAUGAGUGGUGUGUGUGUCGUAAAGAGAAAUUCCAGAUAAAACUUGAAAUUGUUUGUAUUAAAAAAUCGCUAUGUUUACGUAUUUGUGCCGUAGUUUCCCUUUUUCUACUUUGCACUUGUCGCGGAACGAUUCCUCCCGCUGCGCGUUUCUUUCCGGUCUGUUUUUGGUGUAGCACAGGCGGGGGAAGAUGUCGGCGGCCAUGUUUGAUGCCGCUCUGCUGUCAGUCCGCUCGGUGGACGUGUCGUGAGAACAGCACAGACACGGACCUCCUCGCCGAUGGCCGCGCUGUGGGCAAAGAUCUCUGCGGCUCUGCCUCGCCACGAGGAGCAGCUCCCUCUGCGCUUCAGCGACAAAGUGGAGUCGAGCGUGGUGGAAAUGCUGCGGCGGUCCCGGCGGCAGCUUUACAGCGACGACGACAACGCCGCCGCCGCCGCCGCCCGGAUGCUGAACGCGCAGAUCAUUUUGGACGUUUCGUGGGAGAGACUCAACGCGGGAACGUGGCGCCACGUGGACAAAGAGUGGAGGCGCGUUUAUUCCUACGGCUGCCUGUUCAAAGCGGCCGCUCUGUGCCGCCGCGGCCCCUCGGCGGACGAGGUCCUGCUGGCCGUGAGGACUUGUGACAUGGGUCUUCUCAUGGGCGCGGCCAUCAUGGACAACAUACUGCAGGUUAUUGUUGGGAUUCUCCAAGGGGAAGUCAGGAGAUCCACCGACCUCCAGGAGGAGAGUGGACGCGCUGAGGUCAAGAGAAAGAAGACGGAGUGUUCACGUCUUCCUGUGAUCAACGACGAGUCAGCAGUUCCCCGGAUAAAGUGUCCUUCAUUGGAGAGCUUCAGCACCAACUACCUGCUCCCCCUCAAACCGGUGGUCUUAGAGGGGACCAUCGCGCACUGGCCCGCCCUCAACCAACGCCCCUGGAGCCUAGAAUACUUGCGGGGCGUCGCCGGCUGCCGGACGGUCCCCGUGGAGGUGGGCUCCAGGUACACGGACGAGGAGUGGUCCCAGACGCUGCUCACGGUCAAUGAGUUCAUUGAGCGACACGUUUUGGAUGAAGAGGGAGUGGACGGUUUGGGUUAUCUCGCCCAGCACCAGCUUUUUGAUCAGAUACCAGAGCUGAAGGAAGACAUCUGCCUCCCGGAUUACUGCUGCCUGGGUGAAGGAGACGAGGACGACAUCACCGUCAACGCCUGGUUUGGGCCCCGAGGGACGGUGUCUCCUCUCCACCAAGACCCUCAGCAGAACUUCCUGGCUCAGGUGGUGGGAAGCAAAUACAUCCGCCUAUAUUCCCCAGAGGACACAGACAAGCUGUACCCUCAUCCAUCACCGCUCCUCCACAACACCAGUCAGGUGGAGGUGGAGAACCCGGACGCGGAGCGCUUCCCGGAGUUCUCCCGGGCUCCGUACGCCGAGUGCGUGCUGCGGCCUGGAGACGUGCUGUUCAUCCCCGUCCGGCACUGGCAUUACGUGCGCUCCCUGGAGCUCAGCUUCUCCGUCAGCUUCUGGUGGUCGUGACGGCACAAUUAACGCCAUUAAAAGUUAUUUUUGUACAGAACGAUCUUGCGUGGAGCUCAAUUUUCCGGUGGCGAGAAAUCAACCGUGAGUUUUUAAGUAAUGCGAGGCUAAUUCUGAUGAAUCCAAGGACCAACCGCUGAUCACACAAACCUUUAAUCUAUGAGCGACGAACACUCGCUGCUGAGUGAUUAGUUUAAUUGUGCUGCAGAUGAUUGCGACAACAUCUAUUGUGUGGAAAGCGAACAGCGGGGAGAAAAGACCCACAAAUGAGCAGUUAGAACUGUUUGUGCUCGUCUCAUCCUGCAUACAAUUACAGAGAGUUGUUAGUCAUCCACUUGAUAAGCUAUGUUUCUCUUUUCAAAUGAAUAUAUUUCAUUGUGUUGUGAACCUUAUUCAAACAACUAUCCUCAGAUGUGUGAUUUCCAUAAUUCAUGGAAAUGAGGCAAGUCUUCAAAUUGAGUAACCGAGCGCGCUGCGGGUGUAAAGAUGUGCUGGUAAACACACGAGGAUUAACAGGUGAAAGGAACAGAGACUGAAGGCGCCCGGACUGCGAAGGCUUCACGCGUCGGACCGCUAACGGGCUGCGCCCGCGUUUCCCACGGGUCCGUAAAGGGAACUAAAUCGCGCUUUUGAUUGGCUUUCCAGUCCAAUGGAAAAUGACGGCGGAGUGAAACUGAUGAAGACUUUUUUUUUUUUUUUGAUAAAAGGAUCCACAAAGUGUAACAUAAGGAAA